AUGCGCGGCAUCAUGUACCGUGGUGUUCCCGGUGAGAUGACUGUAGAAAACAUUCCCAUGCCCACCAUCCUCAACCAGACCGACGCCGUCGUCCGCAUCACGACUUCCGCUCUGUGCGGCUCUGACUUACAUGUCUAUCGUGGGUACCAAGGCGGCGCUCCUCCGUGGAAUAUGGGACAUGAGGCCAUUGGGUACAUCUCCGAGCUUGGGAGUGCCGUCACUGGAUUAGAAGUCGGUGACUACGUCAUCAUUCCUGACACGGUGAACCAUGGUCGUCUUGAGAUGGAACCCUCUGGCUUGGACUUCUACGGCAAUGGAGGUAUCGUCACGGACGGUCUCCAGUCCGAGUACGCCAGAGUCCGGUUCGCCGACUCCAACUUGAUCCCCAUCCCGCUUACCCGGGAGACGACCAACGCCACCAUCGAGCAAGACUAUCUGACGAUCUCCGACAUCUUCGCCACGGGCUGGGCUAGUCUCGACUUCUCUGGCUUUGAGAUCGGCGACACGGUAGCAGUCUUUGGCGCUGGCCCGGUCGGACUCAUGGCUGCAUACUCAGCUGCUCUCCGCGGCGCCUCAAAGGUUUAUGUGAUCGACCACGUACAAGCCAGACUCGACCGCGCAGCCUCCAUCGGAUCGAUUCCCAUCAACUUUGCAGCCAGCGACCCUGUCGCCCAGAUCAUGGCAUCCGAACCAAACGGAGUCAUGCGCUCCGUAGACUGUGUUGGUAUCGAAGCCUUAAACUCGCGCCUUGAACACCAGCCCAACAUCAUCCUUGAUCAGAUGGUCAACCUCACUCACGUCGGCGGCGGCAUCGGUCAGGUUGGCGUAUACAUGGCGCAGCCGGACUCGCCCGGCUCUCCGCUUGGGUCCGCAUUUUCCCCCAUUGCCGAAUUCCCUCUGUCUGACUUCUUUGGCAAACGUUUGAAGUUCCAAGCUGGGCCUGUCGAUCCCAAAGUUUACGCGCCGAUGCUUGUGGAGCUUAUUAGCAGCGGCAAGGCAAGCCCUCAUUUCAUCGCUUCGGCGAGCAUUUCGAUUGAGGAUGUGCCUGCCUACUACGCCCGGUUCAACGAACACGAUGAGAUCAAGGUUUUCAUAAACUUUCCUUGA